AUGCUCAAUAAACUCCGACCACGACUCUUGCAAAGUAUUCGUGCUUGCUCCAGCACUGCCGCUAAAGAGUCUUCGACACAAGCUAACCAUGCGAUUUCGAACAAACAGCUUUUAUAUAUCACAGACCCUGUCACCCCAGGCUCGAUAUUCUUCUUGCCCCAUGGAACACGAAUUUUCAACAAACUCGUUCAUUUCAUGAAGAAUCAGCAGCUCAAGUAUGGUUUCCAGGAAGUCAUUACACCACUCAUUUACAAAACGAAGUUGUGGGAAGUCUCUGGUCAUUGGGACAAUUACAAAGAUGACAUGUUCAAGGUUAUAGGGAAUGACUUGACUAAAGAAAAAGACUCCGAAGAGGCCCAUUUACAUGAAUAUGGAUUGAAGCCCAUGAACUGUCCAGGCCACUGCCUCAUCUUCUCCAAGUUCGAGCGUUCGUACAACGAGUUACCUAUAAGAUUGUCGGAUUUUUCGUCUCUCCAUCGUAAUGAAGCAUCUGGCGCCUUAUCUGGUUUGACAAGAGUUAGAAGAUUUCAUCAGGACGAUGGCCACAUUUUUUGUGAGAUGGACCAGAUACACCAAGAAAUCACCAAUACCAUCAACCUUAUCAAAGACACUUACAAUGUGUUUGGGAUCGACAGCACGAAAGACGUUGAUUUCUUUCUUAGUACCAGGCCGGAGAAGUUUAUCGGAGACGCUCAAACAUGGGAUGAAGCAGAAUCUCAGCUUGCAUCUGUUUUGGACACCACUGCUGGUAAGAACAAAUGGUCUAUCAGAGAAGGUGAUGGUGCAUUUUACGGACCAAAAAUCGACAUCUUGCUAACUGAUGCCUUCAACAAAAAGCACCAGGUGGGUACCAUUCAGCUUGAUUUUCAGCUUCCAGCUAGGUUCGAGUUGAAGUACAUCUCUCGCAAUGGUGACAGAGAUAAUCAGCCGAUAAUGAUCCAUCGCGCUGUUUUUGGGUCUUUAGAAAGAUUCUUUGCUAUCUUGUUAGACCAUUACCAGGGUAAGUGGCCGUUUUGGAUUAAUCCAAGGCAAGCAAUCAUUAUCCCAGUUUCUGACAAGCACCAUGAAGCUGCAGAGAAAUUGCAGAAGCAAUUGGUUGGUGAUAUUGUUAAUAGCGAAUCAAGCAUUGCUCCAAUGACAGGAUACAAUUUCUUUGUUGACGUGGACCGCCGAAGCGAAACUGUUGGAAACAGAAUUAAGGAUGCAGUUAAAAAGGGAUAUUCUUAUAUUCUUAUGGUGGGUGAUAAAGAUAUUGAGAAUGGUACCGUUGCAAUAAGGUCAAGAGAUAGUCGUAAAGUGGAAAACAAAACUGUGGAGGAAAUCUACGAGAAAUUCGUGCUGUUGGAGAAGCAAUACCACUAA